AUAAAGACAUGGGCGUUUGUGGUAUUUUAAUCUUCGUGACUGUAUUUUAUAAACAACAGAAAAAGUCAUAUGUGUUGAACAUGGUUUCAGGCAAAUUGCCACCAGUCGAAUAGAUCGUGUACUCCAGUCGAACCUGCUCGCUGAUAGAAGCGGAAGUGUUGUGGGAGACCCCACCACCUGUGAGAGAUGGAGGAGCUCUACACCUUAGAGAGGGAGGUGGGACGAGGCAGUUAUGGUGUAGUGUUUGAGGGCCGUAUGGCCAAAAGUGGACAGAGGGUGGCUAUUAAGCGGCUGCCCUGCAGCAACCCGGAGUGUAUUGAACUCUACCUGCAAGAGCUGUGGGCCAUGAGAGCCACAGCCAUGAACCACGUUAAUGUCAUUGCACUGCACAGCUGCCUCCUGCAGACCGGACCCAGGAGCCUGAACACAUUAAAACCAGGGAAACUGCCGCUGCGUCUGGUUGAGAGUGUGCUGAAGGGAAGUGUAGUUGGAGCAAAACAAAGUCAGGGAAGGACCGGUGUUCAGUCUAACACCAAGAGGAGGACGAACUCUGCUUCCAGACUACAGGACAGGACUAACACAGCACAGGCCAGAGCUAAUCUCCAGAACAUGGAUAAAUCAAGUGCACCUGAUUACACAACCCCUCAAAGGCCUCAGAACAGAGGCAGGAAGAGACCAGCCCCGAGGGAGGAAGAGCAGACUGCACCGCUGCGCUGCUUGGCCCUGUGGCUCGUGAUGGAGUACUGUGAUGGAGGAGACUUGAAUCAGUACCUGCUCUCCAGGCCCCCAGAUGCUCAGCGUAACCACAGCGUGGUGCGACAGCUGUGCAGCGCCGUGGCCUUCCUGCAUAGCCUGGGAAUCACCCACCGGGACCUGAAGCCCGACAAUGUGCUGGUCUGCGUGACGCCAAAAGGCCCCGUUGUCAAGGUGGCAGAUUUUGGUCUGAGCAAGAUGAGUGUGGGCUCGGUGGACGGCGGCCUCACCAGGCAGCACUUCUCCUCCACCUGUGGUUCGGACUUCUACAUGGCUCCAGAGGUGUGGGGUGGGCUGACCUACACGGCCCAGGCAGACAUCUUCUCUCUGGGUGUGAUGUUCUGGGCUGUCCUGGAGAGGAUCACCUUUCUGGAAGAAGGGACGGCACAGGAACAGCUGGGUGCCUACGUGUGCAAGGGACGCUCAGGCUGGUUGAUGCCGCUGGGGGAAGCUCUGUGGGAAAAUGCCGACCUCCAGCUGUGCAUCCCUAUGAAGUUUAAGAGAGCACCCCCACUGCCGCCCCCUCCAGGUCCUGCCAUGCGCGCCCUGCUUUUAGACAUGCUGGCGUCAAACCCGGACGCCCGGCCGCUGGCUGAUCAGCUGGAGACGAGAGUGCGUGCCGCUCUGAGAGAGGACUCCCACUGACACAAAGUAUGCUUAAGAGACUGUAAUGGCUGUAACAACUAUAGGCACUACAAGGACCCUCUGACUGCAGUUUGUCCUGUUUGCUUAAAUAACAGGCACUUUGAUGCCUCAGGGAAGCAGAGAUAAGAAAUGUGUAUGAUUAUGCGGGAUUGCAGGUGCUGUUUUUUUGUCAUUGAACCACAAGCUCAGUUUAUAAACUGUGUGGAAAGCCACAUAAAGGGAAAACAGGAAUGAAGUAGAACAGUGGUUCCCAAAGUCAAGAGUAAUUUUGGAGAAGCUUUGGAAGUCACAGCUGUGGAAAGCACAGCCAGUUUAGAGCAACAGCUAAAGAGGUUAUGCUGAGUGUUCAGUCCAGUAUGUGAUGAACUUAGAAUGCCCCUUCUGGAUCAAGUGAAAGAACCACGAUACAAAAAGGUGCAACUACUGUGGGAGCGUAGAACAUACGGAACCCCGCAAGGAACAUAGGGAGGGAAAAAAAAUAUUAAUUAAUAAAGCUCUCAGGGUUUCUAUGUUGUUAAGCCGUACAUCAAGUCAGUGUAAUUUCUUUGUGACAGACAAAUAAGACCUGAAAUCAAUUUUGACCCAAAAUAGUACAGUUUAACUCAUCGUAUAUAGCUGUAACGUAGCAACAGCCAAUCAAAUUGCAGCUCUUGAUUGUCUGAGUGCAGCUCAUAUAAAUAUGUGAAUAAUUAUGCAUACUUGAGUAAUUUCAAACUGAAUUUCCAUUGCUGCAGCCUCCCUGCAGUACCUCCGGCCCACACUUUGUGAACCAUUGAACUAGAAGAUCCUCCAGUGGGAACACUGGCUCCCGUGUGCAGUGCCAGAUGAACACACUGUCAGGUCCAUAUAGAGAUCUAGUGGGACGAACUGUUUCCUGUAAGCACUGGCACAGAAAAUCAAUUCUAGUGACUGCACAUCUGACUGAACUGACAUGAACAGGCUCCACGUCUUAAUUUAUAUCAGGUAUGAAUUCUAAUGGGAUAUAUGGACAUAAAACUAGCUGGAAAACAGAGCCAGCAUGUUGGUGCUUAUUAGCUGAAAUAAUUUCAUGUAGCAUGGCUCUGACUAUUUACUGGGCAUUGAGAUGUCUUAAAAAAAGACUUCUCCAUUGUAAGCGCUGAAAUGAAUAAUAACUGGGAUGCUAUUGAUGUCUAAAUUCUAAUGUUUUAGUUUAUGGUAUAUUUUCAGAAUGUGUGUGUGUGUGUGUAAUGUGGACAUGUUUUUAAUAUACAGUUAAAGUCAGAUCUUUAAACACUGUUAAUUCUCCUCAAAAACCUUCAGAACAUAAUUGUAUUAUUAUUAUUAUUCUGGCUUGUUUCAUAAUAUAACCUGCUUUGUAUGUAUGUCAAUUUAGUUUCUUGAAGAAGCACUUUUUUUUUUUUUUCCGCUUAAGUGAUUUUUAAAUAAUAUUUGAAAAUGUAUGUUUCUACAUUUUGGUGCUUUCAGUAACGCAUUCGGACAUGUGCAUAUUUUAAAGUUUAAAGGAUUUUAAAACUUGAGUCAAACUCUGCUGGUGUGUGAGCGUUGUGUACUGAAAACUGAAAGACCUAGCAGCAUGAGUCUCACUGUGACUAACGAUCACUAAUGUCUCCUACCGAACAGGAAAUUAAAGCCAGCCAGUGGGAUUUUGCUGAUCAUAUCCACGCAGUGUCCACGCUGUUUAUUACUGGUCAUCAGUCUCAGUCACACGUGUGAAAGAAUGGAGACCUAUUAUAACAUGGAGUCUUGGCAUCAUGUUAAAUCUAAUGUAAUUUAAAUAAAGAUUAAUUUAUAACCUCUUUAAUCAAUGGUAACGGGGAUUUUAUUCAUGUAAAAUUCAUGUUUUGCAGUCUAGCUAAAGUCAGAACGAUGACCUGCAGAA